AUGCGUUCUACGGUCGGUCCCGAGGAAGUGACCCACAAUACUCACCCUCUAGAGCGUUUGCAGGAACUUUUCGGUCGUAGCGAGUUUAAUAGGGUUUUGGGUAGAGGUGGGAUAGGUGUUGGAACUGCUGAGACCGGAUUGUUGGAGUUGGAGGCAGUAGGAUUGCGGACAUCGUGCAUGCUUGUGAACCUUGCCGGUUGA